AUGUCACACAAAAAUACUUGGCUCCUGCAGAGUGCCGUGAACGAACAAAGGAAUCGCCGGGUUUUUGAAGACCCCGCUGGAUGGGAUAAAAAUAUGCAACAUGCUACUUCAAAUCAGCCAAUAAAAUUAAGUAGUAAUCAAUUUCUCAGCAAUUUAGCAGUAAGCGGAACAAGUUGGAGUAGUGUUGCUACGCAUAAAGAGGAGAACGGGAGGAUCAUUGUCAAAAGCCACCCAGCUGGGGACAGUACGGAGUGGUCGAGUCAGGAGAUAAAUAACGGUAUAUUGACCCCUGAAGCUGAGCUUGUAGGACUCCUAAAUGAUCCCACUGUUGACCCAAGUGCGGCUUCGUUUAGCGGCUUCGUCUGGACUAAUGGAUCUGUACCACCUGCAGCUUGGGGUAAGACGCUAGAAGCUGAACGAACAUUCAAACUCACCACUGCACCGUUAAUUGUCGUGAAGCUGGGCUGGUGA